GUGCUUUUCUUUGUGCCGUUCUACGUGAUGCGGUAUGUGGAUGGUGGCACGCAUCAUCGCUAUCAUCUCGAUGUGGAUCGUCUAGACAGUGCGCCGAGCACAGCGCGACCAGUACGCCGAGCAUCAAUCGCGUCAGUUUCGCUAGAAGAUGCCAAUCGCCUGGAGUGGGUCACCCCGUUCAUUUGUCUCUUUACUUGUAUCUUAUAUGUGUGCCUGUUUUACAUGUAUACUCUGAUGUAUGCCGACUGGCCGGCACUCUCUUCCGAUCAGUGGCUCUCAGCCGCUGUUCCAACCCUAGCAUCUGUCCUGUGGUUGCCAUCCGCCUUCAUAUUUCUGCUCAUUUUCGCACAUAUAAAAAGGCUCGAUACUUCAGUGGAUGUGGUGUGGAGACCCAGUCUUGUGACUGCUCGUACAUUAGCGGCAAACUAUGAUACCCUGGUAGCGAUUGCUCUGUGCUCGUUUGCCGGUUACAAUUUAUCAGUAGCCGGAUUGAUCUUGCUCAUGCUCUCAUUAAUGAUUUUCAUCACUUCGGGAAGAACAUGCACAGUAGUAUGUUCUGCAGCUGCAGUGCUUUUAUCGGUUUUAUGGCUUAUGUCCUUCGUAAGUUACGCUAUUCGACUGCCCGAUUAUACAUAUCCGGAGAAUUGCAGCGUUAAAUACCGGAUCAUAAUUGACCGCAAUACAAGUCAGUGGAUUGGGUUCAGUCCCGACCAG